CUAAUGUUAAUUUACAGUUUGCGGUGCGCACAGCUGUUAUCAACUCGAUAGUUGUUGUUGAAAAUGAAAUCCAGAAAUAUAGCGAAAUGUUGGUAAUGUUUUCAUCUCCAGCCUGCUUAUGAGUCCACAAUAGAGAAGAACAGUGAUUGGAGCCGUGAAAAUAUUCACAUCAAAAAAAUAAUACUGAUUUCCACCCGCUAAUCCAACUCCGUUUCAUCUCGAUCCAUGGCGUUCGGACGAUUUUUUAAAUCCAUACUCUAUGGCCUACCUUUGGGUAUUACCUUCCUUGAUUGCGUUGGCUAUGUAGCUAGAGUAGAUGGAAUUUCAAUGCAACCCGCUCUUAAUCCUGUGGAAGAUGAAAGAGAUUAUGUGUUCCUGCUGCGCUGGGGGGUACACAAUAGUGCAGUUGAGCGUGGAGAUAUAAUAUCCCUAAUCUCACCAAAGGAUCCUGCCCAAAAGAUUAUAAAACGAGUGGUCGGUAUGCAGGGUGAUGUCGUCUCCACUUUGGGCUAUAAACAUGAAAUAGUAAGGGUUCCCGAUGGCCACUGUUGGGUUGAAGGAGAUCAUACAGGACAUUCACUCGACUCGAAUACAUUCGGUCCCGUGGCACUAGGUCUAAUGUCGGCGCGAGCUGUGGCAAUUGUAUGGCCGCCGGAACGUUGGCGAUUGCUGGACAAUGAACUGCCACGACGACGUCGUCCUAUUCAAAUCGCCAAGACAAAUUACUACAAUUAGAAAUUAGGCAUCCUACAUAUAAUAAUUGACCGGCGAGAUGAAGACUGAUCCCUCACAUUUGAAAUGGAGUGUCUAGUUGUGUUUUAUCUUUUGCUUUAAUUAUAGUUCCAAUUUAUGUACAUAGAUAUAUAUAUAUUUUAUACACAAGUUUGGCUCUUUCCACCCCCAAAUGUUCUUUCAAAAUUGAAGACAGUAAAAAAAAAAAAGAGAAACUAAAAUAAAAAUUAGAAUUUGUUAAAUGUAAA